AUAAACUGUUAACUAAUCCUUCCAAUUUAAAAUAAUACAUACCUUUACAGUGGACGGCUAAGCGACGAUUUGCUUCACAAAAUUUCAAAUCACAAUAACAUUCACAAGCUGUCCUCACAAUUUAAUAAUGCACACAAAUACUAGAAAAUACUAUUAAAAAUUCAUUUUCAAUGUAACGAUAAUGUAGGCGUGUAUUACCCGCCGUCGGAUGCGUCAGUGCAUCGCGGCGGCGGCGCGCUGGGCGGGCGCCUGCGCGAACGUUGGGCGGGGUCUCAAUCACCGCCCUUACUCGCCCCGCACACAAUAAUGGACUUUACAUCGUAAAAAUAAAGUGUUAUUUGAUGUAAAUAAGUGUUUGGAAUAAAAGUGUGGGCGUAGGGUGCUGGAGUGCUGCAGUGUGUAUUCCGUAGAGCGUGUCAGGAGAGGUGAGCGCGCGGCGCCGCGUGUUGGCGGCAGUAAUGGUGAUGGAGCGGCUCGCGGACUUCGUGAGCAAGUCGCUGGAGGGUGGCGAGGCGCCGGCGCCGCCGCCCGAGCCCGGUGACGCGGACGACGCGGAUGACGUGGAGGUGGACAUCACGGAGCUGGAGGACAAGGCGCCGCCGCCGAAGCGCCCGCGCAACUGGCUGCUGUCGCCCGUGCCCCACCACUGCAAGCGGGAGCAGGCACACGAUGACGAUGAUGAUCACAGGCACGAUGCCACGGACAAAUCCCCGACGGGCGGCAGCAACAAUGGCGGCGGUAAACAGCGCCGGUCCCGCACGAACUUCACACUAGAACAGUUAGGUGAACUGGAACGACUGUUCGAUGAGACUCACUAUCCUGACGCCUUCAUGCGGGAGGAACUCAGCCAGCGGCUUGGACUCAGCGAGGCUAGGGUUCAGGUGUGGUUUCAAAAUCGAAGAGCAAAGUGCCGAAAGCACGAGAGUCAGAUGCACAAAGGUUUAUUAGUAAGCGGAGGCGGCACCCCGCUGGAGCCGUGUCGCGUGGCUCCAUACGUGUCGGUGCCUCGUCUGUCUGCUGUGCCGAGGCCCCCGCCCGCGCCGCAGCUCCCCCCUCUCGGGCCACAUCCACCACCCUCCACAGCAUUCGCACCCUUCGACUCCGCUUUACUGUCCGCUGCUGCUCAUCAGUACGCGAGUGCGGCUGCAGCAGCGGCGGCGGCUGCACUAUGUCCGCCGUACGCUGGGCUCGCAGCCCUGGCGGCGCGGUGUCGCUCAUCAUCCAUAGCUGACUUGCGGCUGAAGGCGCGGCGGCACGCGGCAGCCAUGGCAGCCGCCCGCGCCUCCCCGCCGCCCGCACCCCCUGUGGCACCCGCACCGGCACCCGCGCCUGCAGACACAUAGCCACGCUAAACGCUCCACAAGGGAGAACACCUCUUUUCGGCAGCAGCCUAUAGGCAUUCAGCGUUUUCGC